AUGUCCACCGAGCGUCGCAUCAAGAGUCUCAAGCUGAGACAACGGAGCUUGAUGACGUCAUUCAACGCCAUUACGAGAUUCGUCGAUGAGUUCGACGAUGAAAGGGAUGCCAUCCAAGUACCAGUACCGUUAGAGAGCAUCAUCAAGCUCUGGGAGGACCUCAACAUAGUCCAGAUGGAGCUGGAGUCCCUCGACGAAGCGAACUUGGACGAGCAACUAAAGCUACGGACCAAGCUCGAGUCGGCCUACUACCGGUCCAAGGGAAUGUUGCUGGCGAAAAAUAAAAUUUUAGUUCCGAGCGUCUCUAGUUCUCCCUCAACUAGUCGUGGCCCUUCGUCGUCAUCGCAGGUGCGCUUGCCUGACGUAAAACUUCCGGUCUUUACUGGAAAUUUGGAUAGCUGGUUAAAUUUCCACGAUUUAUUCGUUUCGCUGGUCCACUCUUCGGUAGAACUUUCAAACAUACAGAAGUUCUACUAUUUGCGUUCGUCAUUGUCGGGUAACGCUUUGAAGCUAAUUCAAACCAUUCCACUCAGCGCAAACAAUUACGUGGUGGCUUGGAAUUUGCCGAUCGAACAUUUUCAAAACCCUGCGCGGUUAAAGCAGUCAUAUGUCGAUGCGUUGUUCGAGUUCCCUUCGCUGAAAAAAGAGUCUGCUUCUGAGUUGCAUUCACUGGUGGAGAAAUUCGAGGCCAACGUCAAGGUUCUUCAGCAGUUGGGGGAGAUGGUCCAAUGCUGGGACAUUCUGCUGAUUCGGAUGCUGAGUAUUCGCCUCGAUCCGACGACGAGAAGGGACUGGGAGGAAUUUUCAACGACGAAGGAUGCCAUCUCGUUCAAGGACUUGACCUCAUUCAUCCAACGUAGGGUCACCGUUCUGCAGAACAUCCAGGGCAGUACGGUAGAUAUCCCUUUUUCCGGCCAAGCGAAAAAGUCUACUCAACGACCAGUCGCAAGUCAUAAUGCCGCACCGUCCAACGCAAGGAAGUGCAUCGUCUGCAACAAUCAACAUCCACUCUACCAGUGUGUGACGUUUUCCAAGAUGGCUCCGGAGGAUAAGGAGAAGGAAGUUCGUCGCAAUCAUCUCUGUCGGAAUUGUUUGCGUAAGGGGCAUCAAGCGAAGGACUGUUCGUCAACGAGUACCUGCCGGAAAUGUCGGGGCAGACAUCAUACUCAGCUUUGUUCCAGCCAACCACCAGCCAGCUCAGGUCCGAAGACAACCCACUUCACAGAUGAGAAGUCUACGCCAGCUGCAUCUACUAGCAAUCAACCUACUGCAUCUGUGUCAGCCACCGUCGAGCCUGCCAGCCUCGCUUCCGUUAGUCAAGGACGGAAGGCGAUUCUACUAGCUACUGCCGUAGUCAUUGUUGUCGACGACAGUGGAACCGAGUACACAGCACGUGCGCUGCCAGAUUCCGGUAGCGAAUGCUGUUUCGUUACCGAAUCAUUCUCCCAGCGAAUCAAAGCGCAAAGGAAGAAGGUCAAUCUUCCGAUCUCUGGCAUUGGUCAAUCGUCGGCGCAUGCCCGGCACAAAUUAUUCUCCACGAUUCGCUCUCGCACAGGAAGGUAUUCGACCAAUUUGGAAUUCUUAGUUCUUCCCAAAAUUACUAUCGAUCUACCGUCGACUUCCGUUGAUACUUCGGACUGGGAGAUUCCGCCGAGUAUACAGCUAGCUGAUCCGUCAUUCUGCAGUACGAACCCAAUCGAUCUCAUCUUGGGAGCAGAAAUUUUUUUCGACCUGUUCAAGGUUUCUGGUCGAAUUCCGCUUGGCAACAACCUUCCAGUACUCGUAAACUCCGUUCUUGGCUGGGUAGUGUCGGGAAGGUCUUCUCAUGGUCAACCGAUUGCUCCAAUCGUCGCAAAUGUCGCCACCGUCACCGAUGUGCACCGUCUAAUGGAAAGGUUUUGGUCCAUCGAGGAAGACAACGCCUCUCCGUGCUAUUCCGUCGAAGAAGCCGCCUGCGAGGAACACUUCCGUCGCACGGUAACCCGCAACACCGAAGGGCGAUACAUAGUUCGACUGCCACUGAAGCAGGAUGUGUUGUCUAGCCUCGUCGACAAGCGUCGCACCGCUCUACGACGUUUUCACCAGCUAGAAGGUCGUCUAGUCCGUAAUCCCGACCUACAUCAUCAAUACCGAGUCUUCGUCGAGGAAUAUCACGCGCUAGGGCACAUGCAGCGCGUAACGGACUACGAGAAUCCUCCCACUCCAUGCUACCAUCUUCCGCAUCAUGCUGUAGUGCGCGAAGAUAGCACGACGACCAAACUGAGGGUAGUUUUUGACGCGUCGUGUAAAACCCCCAACGGACCAUCGCUGAACUACGCGCUUCUAGUUGGACCAACCGUGCAAGAAGACCUGCGAUCGAUUAUCAUACGAGCCCGAACACACCCAGUCAUGCUGAUCGCCGACAUCAAGCAGAUGUACCGCCAAGUCCUGCUAGACGAGCAGGACACUCCACUGCAGCGAAUUGUCUGGCGAGUUUCCCCCGACACUCCGAUGGAAACCUUUGAACUAAAGACCGUAACAUACGGCACAGCCAGCGCACCAUACCUUGCAACGAGAGUUCUACAGCAACUAGCCGACGACGAACGCGACGAGUACCCUGAAGCAGCUGAAGUUCUACGCAAGGAUUUCUACGUCGACGAUCUGUUUUCCGGUGGACGCAACGUAGCAGAAACAAUCCCUUUACGCAAGCAGCUCGACGCAUUGUUGCUCAAGGAUGGAUUCGAACUCCGUAAAUGGGCGUCCAACGAACAAGCAGUACUACAGGAUAGCCCAGCAGAAAAUCGUGCUGUACAAGGGCCAGUCGACUUAGACCGAGAUCCGUGCAUAAAAACGCUUGGACUGCACUGGGAACCGUCCACCGACCAGCUCCGCUACAAAAUUCAGCUUCUUCCGUCAACAACAGAUGCACCGCUUACGAAACGCAUCGCACUGUCAUAUAUCGCACGUUUGUUUGAUCCGCUUGGACUUGUCGGACCCGUCGUAACUACCGCCAAAAUGUUCAUGCAGACUCUCUGGACCUUGAAGGACGACGACGGCAAGAUUUGGAGCUGGGACAACGAACUACCGACCGCAAUCAAAGAACGCUGGCAAGAGUACCAAUCGCAACUCCAUCAGCUGAACGAUUUGCGCAUCGACCGUUGCAUUCUUCUCUCCAAUCCCGCAUCAGUCCAGCUGCAUUUCUUCUCCGACGCCUCGGAACACGCAUACGGCUCGUGUGUCUACGUUCGCUCGACAGAUGCCUCUAGUGCAGUCAAAGUUUGUCUGGUUACUGCGAAAUCGAAGGUCGCACCCCUGAAAAAACAAAGCAUUCCCCGACUCGAGCUCUGCGGUGCCCUUCUGUCUGCUGAACUCUACGAGAAGGUGACGUCAUCGCUCCAAAUACACACUGAAACGUUCUUUUGGGUCGAUUCUACCAUCGUGCUGAGUUGGCUAAAUUCCUCUCUGUCGACCUGGACAACGUUCGUGGCCAAUCGAGUCUCCAAGAUUCAGACCACCACGCAAAACUGCUCUUGGAACCACGUAGCAGGCCAGCAAAACCCAGCAGACCACAUUUCCAGAGGAAUACCCGCAGAAACCCUUAUACAAAACGAUCUUUGGUGGCAAGGAUCUCAAUGGCUGCAGAGCGACCAACGCGACUGGCCAAUUCAACAACCGAACGCUAAUCAGCCUCCCGAAGUCCUCAUGGAAGCACGAAAAGUACCAGCAGCAGUAACUUCCGCCGCCGUAGAACCCUCAUUCGUCGACCAGUUCGUUGAAACAUUCUCCAACUUCCAGCAUAUGGUCCGAGUAGCCGCUUACUGUCGACGAUUUCUUCAGAACUGUCGGAAAACUUCUACAGCACGAGCGGAAUCAGAACAUCUCACAGUCGACGAGCAGAAGGAAGCAGAAGCGACGAUCAUCAGACUCAUCCAACAGCAAAGCUUCAGCAACCAGUACAAGGCCCUCCAACAAGCACAAACUGUAUCCGCAAAAUCUCGCAUCCCGCGAAUCACCGCAGCUCGACCAUUCUCAUCGACCGGCGUCGACUACUGGGGACCAAUUCUUUUAAAACCACCCCAUCGACGAGCUGCACCCGCCAAAGCCUACGUUGCAGUUUUUGUAUGCUUUGCAACGAAAGCUGUGCAUAUUGAACUGGUGAGUGACCUAAGCACAGCGAAAUUCAUCGAAGCCCUUCGCAGAUUCGUCUCCCGACGCGGACUGUGCAACGAAAUCUACAGCGACAAUGGCCGCAAUUUCGUAGGAGCAGCCAACGAACUUCGUCAAAUAGUGCGAAGCAAGGAUCAUCAGCAAACAAUCGCCCGCGACUGCGCCGAAAAUGGAAUUCGUUGGCAUUUCAACCCCCCACGAGCAUCACACUUUGGUGGCCUAUGGGAGGCCGCAAUAGCAUCUGCUCAAAAGCAUUUCGUUCGAGUACUUGGAACGCACACGCUCGCCUACGACUCGAUGGAAACACUGCUAGCACAAAUCGAGUGCUGCCUCAACUCCCGCCCGCUUGUGCCACUGUCCGACGAAUCUACCGACUUGGAAGUAUUCACACCAGGUCAUUUUCUCACUGGAGCUGCGCUGAAGGCUGUCCCGGACAUAGAUGUCACCGACAUUCCUUUCAACAGACUUCGACAGUGGCAGCCAAUUCAAAAAAUGUUCCAACAGCUGUGGAAACGAUGGCACUUGGAAUAUCUGUCAACGCUACAAUCCCGUUCGAAAUGGUGUAAUCCACCUGUGCCCAUCCAAAAGAACCAGUUGGUAGUCAUCAAAGACGAAAAUUCCCCACCGAUGAGCUGGCCGAUUGGAAGAAUCAUCGAGCUUCACCCCGGCGACGACGGAACAACGCGUGUCGUUACUCUUCAGACACCGAACGGCCGAUACACUCGACCGGUAUCAAAAAUUUGUUUGCUGCCAAUUUCAUCAGCAGCAGAAAAAUUAAAUUCAACACCUACCCAUUGUAAACAUGUAAAUGCUUCGCGAAUCAUCAACUUCCAGCACGAUCGUCGAUACUCACCUGUUUCAGCCAGCAGCACCUGA